AGCAUUUGCAGAUGCAGCAGCAAGCGUGGCCUUCUCUGGCACCGCGUUUUUACCCUGUUUCAGGGUCCUGUUGCAGGCUUUGGACACCUUUUCCAUCGUGAGCGUCUUCUGCUGUUCCCCGUCGGUUCUCGAACUGGGCCGCGUCCAGAUGUGUCCGCUGAAGGGUACGAGUUCGUGAGGAAACACAGGUGCGGAGCGCCAGCAGGGGGCGUAGCGGUCAGAGCCGCCGGAGCAAGGGACUUAGCCUGAAUUGCUGCGGUAAAAUUUACCCUGCUGAACGAAUGUAGCUCAACGUGGUCGGUCACUCUGGUAAGAAGGUGUCGGCUGAAGAAAUAGAGGUAAAUAAAAAGGGCAACAAGAGCACUUUACCUGCGAUUGGUAACCGGCGCCCCCUGCUGGUAAAAGUGGUAAAAAACUGUAAUUAUUGCGAGUCGUGUCCAUGUUUUAUAUAUACUAUAUACAUGUUGUUAUACAUUUACAGACACAGACACCCCCCCAUACCAGUGUAGUUUGUUUCUGAAAACCCCUUUGUAAGGAAAAUUCUCGUAACAUGAAGGUACAAUUGCCUCCAAUUUCAACAUGUUUAUGUUCCUGUGUGUGUGUGUGUGUGUGUGUGUGUGUGUGUGUGUGUGUGUGUGUGUGUGUGUGUACGUACCUGCGGCCGUCCACCUUUCUUAUACCCUGGACACAGGUGUCAAGUAAACAGAAAAGUCUUUGAUCGCAGCGUCCAGGAGUGGAAACUUAAUGUCCCCCCGAACAGGAGGACACCCCCCCCUCCCGUGGGGGAGCGGUGCCGUUCAGCGAAAGCUCCCUCGUGACGCCGGGGGGUGUCGGUUGCGCGACGCCUCGUGACCCCUGACCGGAUGAGCCUGUGACCGACUUGUCUCCGCCUCCAGGGGUGUCGGGGGGCGGGGGGGAGCAGGGCACCCAGCCCGUGGCUUCGGUGGGAGCGGGGGGCGCGUCGGUGGAGUACGUGCCCCUGCUGAUGCUGAGCCCCCCCCCUCUGCGGCGCGCCAGUCUGCCCCUGAUCACCUCGUACCUCCCGGCCAACCACCUGACGCCCCUCCUUGUGGACGCGGGGGAAGGCGGCUCCGCGGCGCCCCACCUCGACGGCGCCGCCCGGGAGGGGCAGCCGUUCGCCCAGCAGAGUGAAAACGCGGGCUCCUCCGGCUCUCUGUUCGACUACGGGGACGUGAUGGGGACGGCCGUGAAAGUGGACGCCCAGCACUACCUUCACACCGGCCACCAGGGCGGCGCUCUCUCCUACCAGCUCAGCUCCUACCCUCAGCAGCACAGCUCCAUCCUGCCCUCCUCGCACCUGGCCCAGUACUCCCGCUUCUCGUACCUGCCCCCCUCCUCCGGCCUGACGGCCGCCCCAUCGGACGGCAACCCCGCAUCCUACCUGACGUUUGGGGCUGCCGCUGCUGGCGGUGUGAUGACCUACACCGCGGGGGGGCACACCUACUUCCAGUCCCAGAGCGGCAACCCGAUCCUGCUGCAGACCGGGGUGCAGGCAUACCAGCCGUGUCCCUGGGGCGACGUGUACGGGCAGCCCGGCCAGUAUCCCUCCGCGGUGUACCAUCGACCUCAGUACCCCGGCCUGGGCAGGGACGUGAGCUUACACCCACCUGGCGCUGCUCUCGGGCUGCUGCCUGCCCAGCACUGCAUUCCACUGCAGAGGGCGCCGGGGCCACCGACCGCGACCGUCUUCGCGACUUCCCAGCGGCCCGCGGUCGGAGCAGCGAGCGCUUUCCAGACCCCCGACAGCUCUGCAUUGCGCCCCCAGUACGAGAACCCCGAGAGGGCGGAGCAAACGGAGAGCGGCGAAGCGGAAGCGGCCCAGGACCUGGCGCCGGCCGGGGGGAAGCUCGGGUACGAGCCGGAGGCGGAGAGCGCCCGGAACCCGCUUCCCGAGAGCCGAUCUGCCGAGUCCGACGGCGCCUUCGACUGCGAUUUCUCGCCGAUUCAGUUCUGAACGAGCGUGUGUGUCCCCGUCUGUCUGUCUGUGUGUUUCUGUGUGCCGUGGUUCCGCACACACCCUCUUCUGACUUUUCUCGGAAACCGAAGAAACUGAAGAGCCGGCGGUUGCCACGGCGAUAAUGCUGCACCCCGCCCCCCCCCCCCCCCCCCCCGACAGACUAAUCACAGGUCACUCUUGCUGGUCAUUUUUUUUUAGUUUCCUUCAGUUUUAUGCUUUUCUCCGUUUAUUUUCCCUUUGUUCGCUCGGCAUUGUGGGAGUCGGCCGUCGAGCGCAGUCAAGAGAUGAUGGGGUGCAGAGCUUCCGUUCGCCGUGAUCAGGGCCUCGCCGGGCCAGCGUUUGUGCUCUCCAGGGCUCGUGGGUGCAGCACAGACUUGUGGGUAAAACAAAAGUAGUUUCUCUGGCGCCCCCUGCCGUGCGAGCAGACGCACUGCGCCGUGACCCGCGCCGCACGCCUCCGACUUCCACGGCGUCUUCUCCGCGCGGCGGAGUUGGGGCUCCGCAGGUGGGAGGACGGAGUGCGCUGGACGAGCGGGGGGGACGCAGCCAGGUGGUUCUUUUCUCUCUUUUUUUGUUGUUCUGCUAGGGGACGCUUGUCCUUCACUUGUCCUCCUGCCCUCUACACUCACACACAGUGUGCUGCCCGCAGCGUCGCCUCUGUUUCAGUUCUCAUUAAAGUAAGAAAAGCCCUCAUCCUCCCGUGUCUGUCUGUGGAAGUCAGGC